GGUUAGAAAAAGUGCUUUUUUUUCGGUAUUGGCCGUAGGAAAAAAUACGCUUCGUAAAGAUGGCAAAGGUUCGGAAAAAGCUAACGAGGUGUUACGAAAGUGCGUGAGAUGAAAAGUGUGCAGUGAAAAGCGGAAGUGAGGCGCAAACAAACAAACAUCAAAUGGAUGCAGCAGAAGCAGGAAAAUUGUAGUUGCUCCAGUUUCGUAGCGUUUUUUUGUGGCUUUGCUUGGUUAUCAAUAUUGUUUGAGUUGCGAGACGAAGUGCAGUGCAGUAGAGCAGCAAACAUACACCAAAAUAAAGACAGUGAGCGACUAGAAUAAUAGCUGACGGUGUGGUGCAAUAUUCGCAGUCGCCGCCGUUUGUGAAACCAUCGUCCACCGCAACAACACGACGACGACGCGACCGACGCUAGCAGUUGACGACUGUGUGCUGCUCUGUAUGUGCUUGCCAGAAGCCAGUCAGCGUCCAAACGUCGAGGAGAGACUAGGCUGUGCGCGGCGGUGUUUAUUCCACCGAGGCCCACGCGAACGCGAUCGUAAUAAUCCGUAAUACGUCACGCGGCAUUUACUGGAGUCUCGCUCGAGUCUAUAACACAACACGUUGCGGCUGCUGUCGCUGCUAAACGGUAUAGGUACGAACACAACUCGAUCGAAUCGGCCGCGGCGGGUGGAAGAAGAUGUUGGUUGGCGGUGAGUGGAAGCUGAAGUUCAAAUGAACGAGUGCAACUUGGUUUGGUGCUGCUGUUGAAACCGAAGUUCGGAGUGAGACAAGAAGAAUCGACAAAAAAAAAAUCCAAACCGUACGAAAGAGUUGUCUCGGAGAUUUCUGGCUGUGAUUCGUCGUCGUCGGAUCAGGCAAUCUUUGCAAAGUGCCCUCAAAGUUAAGCGAUUCUUGUUGGUCGGUUCGGUGGAUGGAGUGUCGAAAGAAGGGCAGAAAUUAAAUCUGAAGAAAAUUAAGUGCUGAGGCAAUUCAGUGUGGGGUUUCGUCGUGCGAUUCCAAAGAAUAGUUUCGACAGAAAGUUUAUUGCCACGGAAGAAUGAGUGGAGCUGGAGGGGUGAAUCAAGAGAAGAAGAAUAAAGGGGAAAACUUGUGAGAAAGAUUGUGCAAACCAGAAUUGAGUCGGUACCCUGAUUGAACAAAAGUUCAAUUCGAGAAGAAAGGAACAAGGAACAAAUGUUGUAGCAACUAUCUUGGUGGAGUUUGUUUUCAACGAAUGAAAAGGUGGUUUUGAUUCGAUCAAUGCUGGGUGUACAAACAUCGUCAACGGUUCGACUACAACACAGAUAAAGACUCGAACAAACGCUGCUCCCCAAAACAUCUCCCCACAAAGAAUGUUGGAAUUGGUGCAACGACAUCUGAAGAAUAACUCCAACAAGCAGAUACAUACGGGCCGGUACGGUUGUCAUCAGUGCUGCACCUCCUCGGUAUCCAUCAAAUAGUUUCGGUCUACGGUCCGGUCGGUUGGUGGUGGUGGUGGAAAGGGAGCAAGAAGGAGCGCGAGGCGCUUAUCAGCGGUGGGGCGUGACAGGUCGUAGCUUCCAAUGAAGAUGACAACCUCCAACUCUGCAAACGACGGCGCCGGAGGCACGUCCACCAGCAGCAACGCACAUCGGAAAGGUCAUAGGCGGAAUGAGUCCAUGUACGCGAUGACCGGCCUUUACGCGGAGGCCCAAACCGAUGACAGCAGCGCGGACAUCCCUCACGACACCGAGCCGGAGUCGCUGCCGAACUCGAUCAAUACGGCCACCACGGACACGGUGAUCAAGUGCCACAGCCGGCAGCCAUCGAACAGUGUCAUGAUGAUGGAACGGGAAAAACCCCUUCCCAACGUGCUGCUUGUGAACGAGGACUACUCGCGGGAUUGUGGCAUCCUGACCUGUCGGCCGUCGGCCAUUCAGAAGUUCGCCCGGAUCAAGGUGUUUGUGCUGUUGCUGUCGAUUCUGGUAACGCUGCAGCAGGCGCUCAGUUCCGGGUACAUCAACUCGGUGAUUACGACCAUCGAGAAGCGAUUCGAGAUUCCCUCGAGUCUGUCCGGAUUGGUGGCGUCGAGUUACGAAAUCGGAAAUGUGAUAACGGUGAUCUUUGUGAGCUACCUGGGCAGUAGGAGGCACAUUCCCGUGUGGAUCGGAAUCGGUGCCGUCAUAAUGGGAAUCGGCUCGCUCGUGUUCAUGGUACCGCACUUCACCGGGGAGCCCAAUCCGGGCAUCAUGAUUGACAAUAAAACGGCCGACAACAUUUGCCGGCUGGUGUCGGUACGGGAGCAGGACAUGGGGCUGGGUCGGUUAUCGAACAGUCUCUCGAAUCCUCCACUGACGACGCACAACUUGAGGGGUGACAACUGUCUCAAGAGUAAAGCAUCCACUUUCGGACCGGUGAUACUGUUCGUCAUAGCGCAGAUUCUGCUCGGUGGCGGAGGCAGUCCACUGUUCACACUCGGUACCACGUACGUCGACGAUCACGUACGGAAAGAGAGCUCUUCAAUGUAUAUAGGUGCAAUGUACAGUAUGGCCGCCUUUGGUCCAGUGUUAGGUUUUCUUCUGGGAGCGUAUCUUCUGUCGUUCCAUAUGGAUUCGUUUUCCGGCAGUGAUAUCAAUAUAGACCAAGACGACCGCCGGUGGGUCGGCAUGUGGUGGGGUGGAUUCCUCGUGUGCGGUAUCCUUUUAAUACUGGUCGCCAUCCCAUUUUUCUCCUUUCCCAAGGUACUCACCCGGGAAAAGAAGAAAAUUCGAAUCGCCGAACAGAAGCUGCCCCAGCUGCAGCAAUUAUCGGCAAACAAUUCCAGCAGUUUGCCACGGCCACCACCACCGGCCCAAUCUCAGGCACAUCAAUUGCAGCAACAGCAACCGCCCGGUCAACAACAGCAGCAAUCGGUGGGCGGAAGUGGUCAGCUGGGAUCGUCCGGCAGUAAACCACACGAGGACACCGGAUAUGGAAAGGAUAUUAAAGAUAUCCCACUGUCGAUGUGGCGUCUGGUGACCAAUCCGGUGUACAUCGUUACCUGUCUGGGAGCGUGCAUGGAACUGAUGAUUGUUUCCGGUUUCGUCGUUUUCCUUCCAAAGUACCUCGAGACGCAGUUCAGCCUGGGAAAGAGCCAAGCCAGUGUCUACACCGGGUCGAUAGCCGUUCCUGGAGCAUGCAUUGGCAUCUUCAUAGGUGGAUGCAUUCUCAAGCGGUUUCAGCUCAAACCAAAAGGAGCCGUGCAGUUCGUGUUGGUGUCCAAUUUGGUGUGUCUUUCCUGCUACGGGCUGUUGUUCUUCUUGGGCUGCGAGAAUCUGAAAAUGGCCGGAACAACCAUUCCAUACUACAAUAGCUCGCCGGCCCACAAUGUGGAACCCUUCCAGGUCAAUUUGACCGCAGCGUGCAACUUCGGUUGCGAGUGCCACAUGUACGAUGUAGAACCGGUUUGCGGUAAUAAUGGACUGACUUACUUCAGUCCGUGUCACGCCGGUUGUACGGCGUUCUCUUCCAGUUCCAACUAUACCAACUGUGCUUGUGUUCAAGCAAACGUAACCAACGUAUACACGGGGGCCGAGGGGGCGCAAGCGCAAGCCCUCAAUGCCCACGAAAACUUUGCCGAAGUAACCGUAGUUCCUGUGGCCACUGCCGGCGUCUGCAACAAGCCCUGUCGGACGAUCUACCCGUUCCUGAUACUGUUGUUCUUCAUGACGUUCGUCGUCGCCUCCACGCAGAUGCCUCUGUUGAUGAUAGUUUUAAGAUCGGUUUCGGAAGAGGAACGCUCGUUUGCCCUCGGGAUGCAGUUUGUGAUAUUCCGCCUGUUCGGAUAUAUUCCGGCUCCAAUCGUGUUUGGCAAUCUGAUUGAUUCGUCUUGUUUGCUGUGGAAGUCCACCUGUGGAGAAAAGGGUGGACGAUGUCUUAUUUACGACAUCGAGAAAUUCCGGUACAAAUAUGUGGGAGUAUGUGCAAGCAUAAAAAUAAUUGCACUGGCCAUAUUUAUCAUCGAUUGGUGGUUGGUUCGCCGGCGGAAAAAUUUGGACAAAUUAAACCCGAUGUCAGCGAAUGAACUGGUUGGAUCAAUCAUCAGUUUGGAUAAACUGUUCGAAGAGAAAGGAAAUCUGGACGGACAGGUAGUGCCAUUCAAUGGGGAGUGUAUCUCGGGUGAUUCAAUCGGCGAUAAUAACAGCAAACGAGUGUUGAUUGCCAGCCGACAUCGGCGGAACGAUUCAAAUCCGAUUCAGUUGGAGCACAGGCACAAUGAACCUCCAACCUACCACAUGCCUCGAAAGCACAUCCGCAGCAGCUCGUGCGACAUCAAGAUCCAGCGGUCCAACUCGGCCACCAAUCGGGAAACGGACUUCCAUGACUGGAAGCUGAAGCGUUUCAUGCGGCAUCACACCCGAAACAACUCCCGGGAUCUGGAUCAGGAGCACUGCUGCCGCCAGCAACAGCAACAAGCCGGUUCUCACCUUGGGCGGUGGAUUGCUCUGCAUAAUAGUAACGCUGAACAACCGACGUCCAAUAUCCGGUAUAUUCUGAACCACUUGAAGAACAACAACGUGGACGGGCACAGCAAGCUGAACUACAGCAACAGUUGUAGCGGUGGAGCACCGUGCAACGCGCCAAAGAAGAAGCGACACACGAGGAACUACUCGUACGGGCAGGAGUUCUCGUUCCUGCCGAAUAAUGUCAUCAUCCGGUUGGAUAAUGAUAUUGCUAACAAGUUCCUUGCGAAUAACGGAGGUGGGGGUAGUUCCCGGAAGAGUUCCUUCUCGCACGAUGUCAAUCUGUUGAAGAAUGUGAAUAAGCUGAAUAACUGUGGUGGUGCUGGAGUGGGAGCUGGAGGAGUGAGCGAUCUGACGGAGGAGCUGGAAUCCAAGUACGCGAAGGGGUCGCCACAAUGCUACGGGCAUUCUAGGAACAACUCCAAGGAUUUGAAUCUGAGGAAUGCGGCAGGGGUUGGAGAGAGUAGUGGUAGCAUUUUGGGGGGGAUCAAAGCGUUGAUAGAGGAUUCCAACAGUAUACUGCGGCAUCGGCGAACAAAUUCCAAGGAUUUGAAAUACAGCGGGUACCAACCGUGCGAGCCAAUCAGCAGUGCUAGCAGUUGUAGUGUAAGUAGUAGCAAUAUUAGGAAAUUUUCCGGAAACGGAGAUGACCAUCUGGUGCACCAGCAUUAUGUGCAGCACCAGCUGGGGGUGGGACACCACCAUCAAGGGGCGUCGGCUUCGGGGUCAUCAUCAGCAGCGGCGCCAGUGGUAAGUGGGGCCUCAUCCGGGCAGACAGAAGCGAUGCAACUGCUGUUGGACAAUAAGUCCUCGGGUGUGCUGGAAGAAAGCUGCAUCGAACCCAGCGGUUCGAAGUCAACGAAUGUUUAGCCGGAAUUGGAGUGUUGGGAAGGUGGUGGCACCCAGAGCCAUCAUGCCAUACGCGUGCGGUAUUCAUUUUUCCUCGUAUUUUUCAGUUUGUUUUUGUGUAGAACCCUGCCAUCGAGACAACCAGUUUUUGGAACAGUUGUUGGCUGUUUUCACUUUUAGGGAUAAUUUCCAUCGGAUUUGUGUUUUAUAGUUUUGACGAAAAUGGCAAUAAAAGAAGGUUUCAGAAAACAAUAAAACUUCAGCUGUGUGCUUGGAAGGUUACAAGUAUCAUUGUGAUUAGGACCCGUAGACAUCCCAUAGACUGCAUUUUUAGUUUAGAAUUAAAGAAAAAGAAUGAUCAUUUUCGAGCGGAUAAUUGAGCAUUGCGGAAGUAUUCAUUGUAGUAUUGCAUCUAAAUGGAUCCAAUCGAUUGUUUCAGAUACGUGUAGUCUUAUUGGGUAUAAUGUUCGGGAAUUUCUCUAAGUCGGUUUCCCGGAAUAGCUUUCUAACAGUUUUCCCGGGAUUUUUACAAUAGUUUUGUAGGAGUUCUUAUAGGGAUUUCUUCCAGUAUUUCUGGAUUUAAGUUCCUUCCGGAAUUUCUCCCAUGGGUUUUCACUGGUAUUUCUCUCGAAGAAUUCUCGGUAGGAACACUGGAAAUCUUUGAGAGUUUCUUCUGAGAAUUCUUCUAAAAUUUCCAUCUGAAAGUACUAUACAUGGAAUUUUGUAAGUUAUCGCACAAGCGAGUGGUUUUGGGGGUUAAGCUCUUCCAGUUGCCGAUGCUCCAUACACUAGGCGCCCCUCCGCCCUUUGCCGAAAUUAAGGAAACCCCCUCUCUUGGCGCCUUUUCUGUGCACGGUCCUGUAUGCAUUUAAAAUUAUUUAUUGGAUUUUUUUUUCAGGGAUAAAAUAACGAAUCUUAAAUUUCUUUAAAUAUCUUUAGCGAAAGAUUUUUCAUAGUAUUUUACUACAAACUAUUUCCAGAAGUACAUCAUUCAAUCACGUUUUCCAGAAAAGAUUCUUUGAAUUUCGUGGUAAAGUUAGAAGUACUUUCUUUUAAAAUAUUAUCAUUAUCAUUACAAAAAUUUGAAAUAUAGCAACACAUUGCUUUCGUCAUUUAAAUGUCGCAGGAUUUUUUUUAAAAACUCACAGAGUGCCAUUUUUCAGAUGGAUAAUAACGUGUUUCGGUUUGCUACACUUCCUGGGAUGAUCCUAUUCCCAGAAAGUGAUUUCAAUAUCUUGACAAGAAGGAAAUAUCUCUUUUUUUACAAAAAAUAUUAUGUCUAAAAGAUUGCACGGGAAAUGCUACUCUUGGAAAUAGUAUUCCGGGCAAUGUAUCAUAACUCACAGGUAGUUCAAUGUGUUAGUGCAAAACUUGUUUAGAUAUGUAAUGAACUUGCAUACAAAAACAAUGAGUCCUUGAGUUUGAUUUCCGUUUUUACAUCAUUUGAAGUGCUUAAACAGAAAUUAUUUUGAAAAAUGCACCUUCACGUUCUUUUAUUAUUUUGGAAAUGAUCAUUCUUGUAUCCCUAACACCAUACCAGUUCAUUAGUAAGUAAAUCAUAAUCUAGUAACGACAAUGCAAUGUUUCCUUCAAAUCAACAACGCAUCCGUUAGAAACCGCAUAGUGUCGAUAGGAAAUCUUAUGCCGGGGCUUUGGAAACGGAAAACAAGUAGUCGAGCUGACUUGCAAGAAACCGCAAAUAAAUUAACAACCUUCCAAAUAUUCCUAAUAAAGUUUAGAAAAAAAGAUAUGAAAAUAAGCAAACAAUUAGUACUGAAAAUAGUUUUUACAAAAAAAAACCGUUCAAACAAACAAACGUUGAAACAGAAAAUAUAGUGAUAACUGAUGCUAGUUGUUGAACCAAUCGAACAAAUCCAGAGAACAACCACUCACAGCUCACAGCAAUGCAAAAAAACUGGCAAAAAAUAGCAACACUACACUGACAGGAAGAAGUAAUAGAAAAUCGGAUGCCUAAUUUAUUAAGCACACUAAAAUAGAAGCAAAAGCAUAUUUUUAUACAAACAGAAGAUAAAGCCUAUUCACAUAACCCGGGCACUACAGCCGGGACUGGAUGCGACUUAUUGUUAUCAAGUUUAUUGACGAAGAAGAUGGAAAAGAAGACUAUAUGAUAACCAACAACGCGCCGUUGAGAAAUCAAUCGAUGAAGAAAGUCGGGGAAGUCAAUUUGAGAGCCGCUGCAACAAUUGAAAAGUCUCAUUCCAUGAAGUGGAUGAGACAACAUAAAAAAGCAAAACGAGCAUGAACCUUGGAGCUGUGAAUCAACUAGGUAAAGAAUCGAGCGUUAGUGAAUGUUAGUGAGAACACAUGGGCAGAGAGGGAAUGAGCGGAGAGGAUGAAGGGAUGAGUUUUAGCCGAAUUUGUAAUGUGUUCAAAGUUGUUGUGACUUCUGGUGAGUCAUCUAUUAGCGGAGGAAGAGGGGCAAACUGGACAGUUGUUUCCGUUUUCCUUGGAUUUUAACGUAAAUGCUAGCAAACUAGGCCCGUAGGUUAGUGAUGAGUGUGUUUUGCGAGUGAGAAUCCAGUAGUGAUUGAUUUUUCAAGAGUUAGUUAAUCGAAACGCUUUAUUUUUUACAAUGGCAAUAGUGCUGAAUAGUGUAGCUGGAUUAGCCAAGCCUGAAUUUGAAAAUUAUUCGCGCCAAGGCGUACAGGUUUUGUGUGAAUUAUUGUUUUCAACAAAUUUCUUGUCUGCAAUACAUCUCACGCCGCUUAGCAUACAUUUUACAUUGUACUAUUGUAGCUAAAUGUGAACAUUUGAUUCUGUAAUAAAUAAAAGGCAAGAUAGGAACUUGUAAGCUUAGUUCCCGUACACAAGAAGUACACUAAUGUAACUUAGUUGGUUUUAAUCGAAACUUGUAGAAUUCUGCCAAACGUUUAAACAGUUUAAAAUUCUAUUUGAAAUAAAUUUUGGGAAUAUGAAUAAUUUGGCAACACUGUACUGUAACAAAAUAUUAUCAUAUUUAAAACUUUUACUGAUAAAGACAAAAUCUUUCGCAUGCAAAGAAAAAGUAAAGCAAACAUAUCGUGCAAUAUAACGCAACAGUACACAGCAACUGUGUUUCCAUUAACAGAUCUUUUCAUUAUUUUCAAUUUAAAAAUGAACCUAACUAAAAAAAAAUGUACAACUAUUUAUGCACUUAACGGAGCAGAAGUAAUGAUUCAACACAGCUGUAUAUUUUUUCAGUCGUCUGCAAACGCGUCUUUUCUGAAUAUUAUUUCAGCUUAUAGCACACUUUUGCUCACGCGCACAUACACAAAACAGGAACUCACUCAAUCUCAUACUGAAAAACAAUACACAAUUGUGGAAAAUGAAAAUCUUUGUCAAUUGAACUAUGAGCUAUUCUAAACCCAGUAACCAUGCUGUGUGUUCUGCACUCUCCGUAGUAGUGGUACAAUGCUCACACGUACACUAUCAUAGCGCAAUCUUAAACGCUGUACAUACACAUCAAAAUACCCAAACACACACACACAAACACACAGACACUUUGGUGGUGAUUCCGUAAUCUCUGUGAAGAAUCUUGAAGAAAAUGGAUCUGAAAUGACAGCGAGGAUUGUUAAAAGCUACAAACGGAAUAGAAAGGUGAGCGGCAUGGAGCAAUGCUAGAGAAUAGUUAGUAAGAUGCGAGUAAUAAACAAAUUUAUAUAAAACUUUA